AUGAACCCUAUCGAUUGUAACUGUGAUCUCAGCUGGUUUCUUGAUUGGCUAAACGGACCACUUAGCCUCACUUUCGUAGAUGAGGACGAUUUCGACGACGACAAAACCAUCUGUUCAUCGGCAUCCUUAGAGCCUCUUCGGGGCAAGCAUCUAAUUGAUUUUGAUCCUAGAGAGUUCUGUAGCAUCAACAUCGCACUCGUAUGUUUGCCUACCCUCGCCAUCAUUUGUCUGAUUUUCACCGUCGCACUCGUAUACCACAACCGGUGGCAGCUGAGGUACAGACUGUUUCUUUUCAAACUGGCAGCUGUUGGCUACGAGGAGAUGCGGGACGCUAGAGAUCAUAAUGAUUAUGAGUAUGACUUAAAUGUCAUAUUUUACGAUGAUGACGAAGAUUGGAUUCGCGAACAUCUGCGACCAGCUCUCGCAGAACAGCUUCCGCAGUUUCAGAGGAGUGUCUUUGGUGAUGCGGACCUCAUACCGGGAAUGCAUUACUUAGAUGCUGUUGACUACGUGGUGAGUCAUAGUUACAAAACCAUCGUAGUGCUCAGCAGAGCUGCUGUUCGUGAUCGCUGGUUCAUACUCAAGUUCCGUACGGCCAUGGAUCACGUGAGUGACACUCUGACUGAAUUCGUUGUCGUGGUCUUCCUCGAAGACAUCCCAGAUGAUGAAAUGCCGUUCUUGGCGAGGUUGUAUCUCAGUGACGGCAGACCCUAUAUUCACUGGACUGAGGACGUGAGAGGACAUGAGUAUUUCUUUGAUAAAUUGACAAAAAAUCUUACCAUUAAUCUCCGCACCAAUGACAGGAUCCCGAACGAGUAAAUAGAAUGUGAGAUAUGUUUAAAUUAAGUGUAUGUCUGAAUGGAGAAUUUUAAAAUGUUUGAAUAACACGGUUGAAAGAUUACGUUUUUUGAUAAACGCAUUACUUUUGUGCAGCUGUUGCACUUCUUUGCACGCCUCGCAAGAGCUUCUUGCGAUGGUUUACGGAGCCGUAAAAACACAUCGCACAUUAGUUUCAAGGCACUAGACCUGCACAGGGUUUGUGAGUUCACCUCAAGGAUUCUUGUAGGUAGGGGAGUAUAUUUGUUGGAAGGGAACAGGGCGCUCACGAGGAGACUCGACUACAGCUGUAGACACAUACGUGCAGAAAGACGCGGGAGUUGUGACCAUGGCAUAAUGUAGAAAAGGAGCAGCAUAAAAUGAUUUUUUUUUUGGUAAAAGAGAAAAAAUACUUACCCCUCGAACCUAAUAUUUCCC